AUGACGAGACAAGUUCCUUAUGCUUCUGCAGUGGGAAAUCUCAUGUAUGCCAUGCUUUAUACUAGACCAGAUAUUUGCUAUUCAGUUGGCAUGGUCAGCCGAUAUCAAUCAAAUCCAGGACCAAAACAUUGGCAAGCUGUAAAGCAUAUUUUCAAGUAUCUACGAAGAACGAGAGAUUAUAUGCUUGUUUAUCGGUGUGAGGAUUUGAUUCCCAUUGGCUAUACAUAUUCAAACUUUCAGUCAAAUCUAGAUUUCAGAAAAUCCACCUCAGGAUGCGUAUUCACCUUGGGAGGUGGACCCAUAAGUUGGAGGAGUACUAAGCAAUCUUGUAGUGCGGACUCCACCAUGGAAGCUGAAUAUGUUGUUGCUUGUAAAGCGGCAAAAGAAGCUGUAUGGCUCAAGAAAUUCCUUUCUGAUCUUGGUGUAAUGAGAAUGGAGCAAGUUCCCAUCACAUUGUUUUACAACAAUAAUGGAGCAGUUGCACAAUCCAAAGAUCUAAGAAAUCAUAAGAAAGGAAAGCACAUUGUUCGAGACAUUGUUGCUUGUGGAGAUGUAGUGGUUGCAAAGAUUGAAAGUGCAAAUAAUCUAGCAGAUUCUUUUACCAAAGCCUUGCCUCAAAGGACUUUCGAGUCACAUUUGGAGUGA